AUGAUGGACCGCGGUCGUCCCAGACUCGACACCUCUCCCUCCCAUCCCUCCACAUCUAACUCCCCAUCAUCCCGCCAACAGGUCGUUGCUUCCAAGAUUGAGCCAGUCAAACGGAAACCUGUCCCCUCUUCUGCCUUGCCGCUCAUAGGCAGAGUCCAAUCCCUUUCCUCCGGAGGCGUCGUCGUUGCUGUGGGCGAAGACGACGCUGGCGGCUACAACCCUGGUGAUCCUAAUCGACAAUCAUUUCUCCAAGACCCACCAUCGCUGCCUCCUCCUAAUAUCAUUUCUCCGCCGCUCCAAGUCCGUGAUCUUGACCAGUUUCCCCGAGGCUAUUCUCCACGUGGCCCUCAACCUCCACAAAGCGAAUACUUCCCUCCUGUCAAUACGGAAAAUCGACAACCCUCUCCCCGGCCACAACGGGCGCGACAAGCUAGCGAAUCCAGACUCCAUGAAGCUCUCCGGACCAAACCGGUCCCCAACAACCUGGGAUUGCAACGAGCAAUGUCCUUGCACCCUUCCAAUCGACCCACGAGUAAUGAUUACGAAUCCUCUGAUCCUACGAUAAUAACAAAAACUCCGAGAUCACCAGGGCCCAACAAGCUCACAUCUUUCUUCGGGUGGAAGACCUCGUCCCCCAUUGCCGAAGUCUCACCCACGACAUACUCAGAUGGUAGCCAUUCCCCAGCUCUUCCUUCGCCACUGUCCCCGUCACCUCACAGUAUCACUUCAUCCAACAAGUCGACAUCUCGUAUGACAGACAUCCCCAAAGCAAACGGAAACAUGGGCACCCAAUACUUUGCCGGCACGGGGUUCCCAGUGCCGCCAGGCGCAGAUGGAACAGGGCAGUUCAAUGACGUGGAUGAAGAAUUGCGUGAAGUCAGCACAGAGCUAGCCGGAUCGAUACGAAGAGAAUUGGAAUUGGAAGAUCUGGUGGACCAACUACGACUUGAAGCAUCGCAAGGACCGGAAUUGGGACGGCGGACUAGUGACUAUUUCUCGGACUCCGGCAGUGGCUCAUACAGGUAUCCCCUGAGCGACGCUGGUGCAGGCAAGGGGGACGAUCUGGCCAAAUUGAGAAGGAUAUCAGAGCAGGAGAAGGCACAGUUCAAGCUCAACCUGACGCAGAAGCUUCAAGAUGAGCGAGACAAACGGAAGGGGCUUGAAAAUUACGUUCAACAGCUUGGCAAGCAGCUGGCAAACAUGGAUGAAGAGCGUGCCUUAUACUCUGCCGGAAUCACUAAAGUUCAUGAGCUCGAGAGCUCCUUAGAAGACCAUCGACGGCGGCUCCAAGAAGAAAGACAAGCUAAAACAAAUUUCGAGGACUUGCUCACUGCGCUUCGAGGUGAGUUUUCAAAACAUCGAGACGAACGAGACAACCUUCGGGACGAGGUGGUGCCCCAGCUGAAGUCGCGUCUGGAAGGUCUGGAAGGAGGAGCUGCAGAAUACCAAAAGUUGACUUACGACAACGCGCGGAUGCAGCAAGAGCUCCAAUCCCUCAAAAAUGAGAAUUCUACGUUGAUGAAUGCUAGAAGGCUACAGCUGGAGAUGCAAAAUCAUGGUUCACAGUUUGAUUCUAUUGCUGAAGAGAACGGACACCCGGAAACGCAAGGAUCCGGAACGGGCCUGACCAGAUCGAGCUCCGUCGCCGGGCAAAGGGGUGGAUUGUCAAGAGCUGGUACUUUGAAGAGGUCAAAUUCCGUAUCAAACAAGGAACGAGAAUCCAGGGAUUCCCUUGCGGAUAGGGUCAAAGAUAUUGAAAUGCAGCGUGACGCUCUACACCGGGCUUUGAAAAGCUUGCUUGAUCGACAGAGUUACCAAAAAAAUGAACAUGAAAAGGGAAUCCGGAACCUGGAGAUCGAGAGGGAUCGCGCUCUGCAGAACCAAUCUCCUCGAAGGGUAGGGUAUGAGAAAGAAGUCGCAGGCUUACGAAUUGAGAUCAAUCAGCUUCGGCGGCGAGCCGAGGAUGCGUCCAUGCAAAAGUACCAUAUUGAGAAAGGACUUGGUGGACUGAAGAAAGAUCUUGAUAGAGCUGAGCAGGAGACAAGCUCUCUAAGAAAGGUCCUGCAAGAGCAUGACAUCCUGAUCCCCGAGAUCUCUGGUCAAUCAUCAUCAGAGACCGCAACUGGAGCGCAUGCCACGUCUGCCUCGCUUGAGAGGGCCUAUAGAGAUCUACAAGUCACGCAAGCUAUGUCCAUCACCAAACUUCGGGAGCUGCAUGGAGGCGCACCUUCAAGUGUUGAAGAUGCUGACACGGCUGCUACAAUGGAUAAGCUACUGAAAAGCAUGAACGACGCCGAGGCCGAGCGAGACUAUGCUAAGAAGCAAGCAGCAACAUUUCGAGCACAAGCAGAAUCCCUUAUGGAAGCAGAGUCCUUUCACACCGGAGAGAAUGCAGGCUUGGUAGACCAGCUCCGCGCAUCGGCAGACCGUGUGGAGGCCUUAUCUUCCCAAGUGCGCCUCCAACUAGAAUCGAAUGCCAGUUUACGGCAAAGGCUCGCCGAAGCCGUUGGUAGAGGCGAAGAAGCACAGAAGAACUCGACGACGCGGAUCAAUAGCAUGCAAGGCAAACUCAAGAAUCUGGAGGACAAGCUCAUGAACGCCCAGCAACACUCCGAGGAAGCCUUUGCGCAGCACGAAGAGGAGGUUCGUGAGAUCAGGGAAAGCCACAAUCAGCAACUGCAGCGGCUCAAGACUGGUCUUAAGACGCCCACGGUGUUUUCUCCCGUCGCAAAUUCUCCUUUGUCCCCCAGAACAAUGUUCGGCGGUCGCUCCCCGAAGCUGGACAGGACGACGACCGGGUUGGGUAUGUCGCUUGAUGAGGCUCUCAAGACUGAAUCCUUAGAGAAGAGGGUUGCAGAAUUGGAGAGGGCGCUGGGUGAAGCGGAUCUGGAGAUGGAGGAGGUAGUCGGGAGGAUGAACCAGGCGCAGAUCGAGGUCAUGGAGUUGCAGUCUGCUCGGGACGAGGCAAUGCGCCAGACCCGGAAAUUGCAAGCUGCCAUCAACGCCGAGAGGGAGACGGUCGACAAGCUGAUGAAGUGA